AUCUCGCUGCAUCAAAAGGGGGAGGGAGGGAGGGGGGGAGGGAGACUCAGAGAGGGGGAGAGAGGAGACUGAGAGAUGGCGGGUCUGUUGGCGUGGGCGGCGGACGUGGUGGGCGGGAGCGGGCAGGGCGAGGAGGAGGAGGAGCGGCUGCCGGUGGUGUUCACGCCGGAGCAGCAGCAGUACGCGCUGGAGCUGGACCAGAAGGCGGCCUCCCUGAGGAGAUCGAUCCAGGAUCUGCGGAUCCGGAUCCCUCCCGCACACAUCUCCCAGCGCCUCCCCCACCUCCACGCCCACACCCUCGCCUCCAACGCCGCCCUCGCCCUCCAACUCAACGCCCACUCCGCCACCCGAGAACAAGCACAAUUAAGAGAGGUCACUCUGCAAGAAGAAAAUGCUGCAUAUGAAAAGGCUAUAUCAAACUGCCAGAAGAAAAUUCAGGAGAAGUUGCAUGAGGCUGACCUACUUCAGAGUAAACUGAGGGAAAUGGACCUAAUCGAGAAGGAUUUAAAGACUGAUCUGGAAAGGGCACUUGCUGCAAAGGAAUUUAAUCAACAUGAAGUAUCGAUUGCUAAUUCCAAUAGUACAGAAAAUUUACAUUUGGAGAAAGGAUCAUCAAACAGUGUCAAAUUAGAAGAAUUAGAGGAGAAGAAAAGAGAGUUGAGUUCAAUGGAAGAAAUGGUCCAUAGAUUGGAGAAUGAGUGGUCACUAGUUCAACAAGAGUCAAUCAAGAAGCCUUCACCAGCUCAAAGGGAGAAGCUAUUGGAGAAGCAGCUCCAUAGCCUUAUUGAACAAUUGACAGCAAAGCAAGCACAAGCGGAAGGCCUGGUCGCUGAGAUACGUGACAAAGAAAAGGAAUUAGAGAGAUUGAAUGUAUUACGGAGAAAUCUUGACAGUGGAAGCUUGGAUGUGAAUACUACGAGGAACCGGUUUGGACGAGGCUUUGCGAGAUCUGGAACUUCUGCAGAUUAUACCAUCGAGGCCCACCGGAGACCUUUCCAAACUGCAGGCAGGAUAGAAAGCCAGCAGAAGUUAAUGCUUCUAAGGUCUGCUUUUGUUCUGUAUAUUCUAGCCCUUCAUGUGAUUGUUUUCAUAAAGAUCUCCUUUUGAGUUGAAGUUUGCUUCGAUGAUUGAUUUUUCUUUUCCAUGUCAUACUAUGACUUAUCGUAAUUGUGUAUGAUAUCAGUUUUUUGUUUCAGUUCAUAUUACCCA